GUUUAGUCAUGAUAUUACGCAGAUUUAUCACAUUAGUUGUUCUUCUAAGAACUACUGUAUGCCAACAACACCACUUAUCUAAGCGAGCUUUGCUUUUCACACGGUAUACUGUCGUACAGUUCAGUACGGGACUCUCAGUACCCCUAGUGCUGCCCAGAAGAUCGAUAAAUUUCAGUAUAGUUGGGCAGGUCAACUACAAUCUUCCGUAUAAUGUGACAAAUUUCCAACCAAUGAUCGUCAAAGCAAGAGAAAAAGAUAAAUAUACAAGUACAUAUUUUGAUAUUAGUAGGAAAAAGUUUUACAAGUACAUCAUUGCAUUUCUAGAUAGCUUCGGACUAAAUGGAGAACAGUGUCUGUUGCGAGCUAUUUGUGAAAUAGCAGAAUAUCCUAUGCAUAUAAAAGAUGAGGACACUCUCCUAGAGAAAAUUGUCCAUUUUAUUUUCACUCCAUCUCUUGAAGCGAUGGAGGAUACGUAUAGAGAAGGGUCGAAGAAGAAAUUAUACUACAAACUUUUACUAGCCGAAAGAACUGGAAUAGAAGGCAAGGUCUGUGCAAAUGAAUACCCUGACUGUAUUUCUCUUGUAGACAUUUUUGCAAAUAAAUAUUUUAUUUGA